AUGCCCCGCAAGAGGAUGUUGCCACUAUCGUGGCUGUAUUCGUCUACUAAGAUUUUGACGGUGCAGAAGAGGAAGAAGAAGAAGAAGAAGAAGAAGAAGAAGAAGAAGAAGAAGAAGAAGAAGAAGAAGCGCUGGAUACCUCCUUGUGGUCUCCCUCGGCUUUGCUGGCUCAAUAAGACAGGCUAUCUGUAGAAAGCUGCGGUCAGUUUUUUCGCGGGAAAUACUAUGUAGGUGCGCGGAACGGCAGAGCGAGCCAUGGAAGAAAUCUCCGCAGGAGGAAUCAUGCGGUCCAUUACGGUGGACACGAGCCAUCUCGAUCGAUUAGGCGAGACGGUCAUCUUUUUCUUCCAAGGGUAGUGCAUACGACAAGACUGCUGACCAGUGAUGACUGGGCCAUCGGGAAAGCAGGCCGUAUACACCCCGCACCGAUCCUGCUAGCAUCGACGGCGAGCCAAUACGAGGUGCAGGCCUUAUUCUCC